CAUUGUCCUACCUUGAAUAUAGUCAUCUCGUCAAUGCAACCGUGUUUGACAGCUGAAAUCGCAUUGUUGAUACUUCGUUAGCAUUCUCUGCAUUGUUUUGCUCCACAAUGGAUCUUCAAAGCACUGAUCGAGAGAAGGGUGAAAAGGUGAAGAUAGUCAAUCAGGUAAAGCAUAUACCGAAAGAUGCUCAGGUUGUGAUGUCCAUCCUGAAGGAGCUCGGUGCGACCGACUACGAACCACGGGUCAUUAAUCAGCUGCUAGAAUUUACCUACCGAUACGUAACGUGCAUCUUGGAUGACGCCAAAAUAUACGCCAACCACGCCCGCAAGAAGGUGAUCGAAAUGGAUGAUGUAAAGUUAGCCACGCAGAUGAUUCUGGAUAAAGCAUUCACAAGGCCACCUCCGCGAGACGUUUUACUGGAAAUAGCGCGUGUCCGUAACGGCACACCGCUGCCAUUGAUAAAAACCCACUGUGGAUUGCGACUUCCGCCGGAUCGUUAUUGCCUUUCUGCGUGCAACUACAAGCUUCGUGCGGCACAGCAACCAAAGCGCAUGAACAAAUCUGCUCUCGAAGGUCGAUCAUCGCUCAAGUCGGCUAAAGCGGCGGCCGGUGGUGCUGGUGGCGACGGAACCGGCACCGGCGGAGGCGUAAAGCGACCAUCCGUUCAGUCCACACCGAAGACGCAGGUGGUGAGCAUACCAAAACCAGUGUUCAAGUUUAGUACGGCUCCAAAAACGGCACCAACCACUGCAACCAAAUCAAUUAAAACGACGGUCACAUCAAUUGGUGGUUUGGGUGGAAGUAACGGUGCAUCAGCUGGUAGUACAGGUGUUGCUGGAAAUGUUGACAUAAAGAUGGAAACGGACGACCAGUUCGGCGAGGCGAACAACGGCAACAAGCGCAAGCGGGAAGAAGAUGACUUUGAAAUAGUGGAGUAAUUUAGUAAACAUUAACAAUAAACACUCGUAUGUGUGACUGAUCUAA